GUUAUUCUUGUCAAAUCUCUUAUUUACGGAAUUGUAAACAUCUACCGUUCCCAAAAAUAUCUAAUUCUCGCAAUCAUUGCCUCAUUUCCUUUGCCAGAAAUGGCGAUUUCUGCAAAGGCAGCUCUAAUUUGCUUGUUGAAUACCAAUGACCGUUCAGCUGCCGCACCGCGGACUCCAUCCUCUCCGCCCAAGUUCUCUCAUUUGUCGUCCUUCCAGCUCCUUACAUGCCCUGGAGAACUUCGCGGUAUGCGGAUUGGAACCCACAGUUACGAGACGAAGCCACGGCCGCGAACUAUAGCUCCGGUUGAGGCAAAGAAACAGAUAUUCUCUUCCUUCGAUGAUCUGCUGGAAGAAUGCGACAAAGCUGUUCUAGUUGACUUCUACGCAACUUGGUGUGGUCCUUGCCAGUUUAUGAUUCCAAUUCUCAACGAAGUAGGCAAUGCAAUGAAGGAUAAAAUUAAUGUGGUAAAAAUUGAUACUGAAAAGUAUCCUAGCAUUGCAGACAAGUACAAAAUUCAAGCACUCCCAACAUUCAUUCUUUUCAAGGAUGGGAAACCUUGCCUUCGCUUUGAGGGCGCAUUAUCUGCUGACAAUUUAAUCGAACGUAUCGAGGGUGCGCUCAAGGCUGCACAGUAGUUUUACUUAAUAAUCUCUCAGUCUUCUCUGCAAAACGGUAUGUUUAUGUCCCAAGUUUGGGCCGACAUAUAGUUUUAGACCAUGGGGAUUGGGGAGUUGGAAAAGAUCCCUUUGUUGUACGGAGAAAAGCUAUCCCCAUGGUUGUAUUUUUUUGAUGUGAUGAUAUUCAUUCGAUGUAAAGGUUGUUCCAGACCGUAGCUCUUAGGUUUAAUGAUAUUAACUCGUGCAUUAACUUCACCUUUAUAUGGUAUAUAUAGGUGCCCUAACGUUGGCAUCCCAACAAAGAAGCAUUACUUGCCUUCAUUUUUGCAUCAACC